UGCCACUGGCAGCUCAACAGGUUGCAUGCUUGGACUUGCACCUGUCCGGCGAUGGAUCUCAGAGCGCCCAGGCUUUUCUGCAGCUCAUGUGGGAGCCGUGGCUGAGCGGCCUGAGCGUUGGGAUGUAACCGCAGAGGAAGUGGUAGAUCAGCUGCCGUGCGGAGUCGUGAUGGGGCUUCACCGGGGUCCGCGGCUCUUGGACUUAACGAAGACGCCGCCGCACCUGCAGUUCAACAAGUACGUCCUGUCAGGAUACCGGCCUGUUUCCACCGUGCCAGACUGCCUCAGGAGCCUCUUCUACAUGCACAACGAGCUGGGGAACAUCUACAGUCAUGGUAUCCCCUUCCUGCUAUUCCUGGUGCUGCUGCCUUACAGCAUCCCCUGGAUGGAGGUGGACAGCACCUGGAUCUGUGUCGCCCACUACCUGGCCUGCCUCUGCCCCACCAUUGGCUCAGUUCUCUACCAUGUGUUCAUGAACCACAUCGGCGGUGAGCAUGUGUACGACACUCUGCUCUCCCUGGACAUGGUUGGGGUCUGCCUGGUGAACACUCUGGGAGCUCUUCCCAUCAUUUACAUCACCCUCCUGUGCUACCCGGCCAUCCAGCAGGCCGCCAUGUUGGCCUACAUCCUCCUGUCGACCUAYGGGAUCUACUGCGCCACCACGGCCCACACAAACUUCCUGCGCCUGCGGGCGUUCAUCUGGCAGGCCUUGUUCCGCAUCAGCCUCUUCCUGUUCCGGGUUUACGGCAGCGGCGUGGGCAGCCCCGACUCGCUGCGGCUCUUCGUCAUCAUGGACGCCCUGGCCGUGCUGGGAGGCCUGGUCAACGUGAUCCAGAUCCCCGAGCGCUUCAGCCCCGGCCUGUUCGACAACUGGGGGAACAGCCACCAGAUCAUGCACGUCAUGGUGGUCUGCUCCAUCGUCUACCUGCACUGGGGAACCAUGGAGGACUUGGCCUGGAUUAAGACCUUCCAGUGUCCCGCAGGGUGAAGCUCUGGAUGCUUGAGGAUAUUUUCACACCUGAUGGUUCGGUUGAUUCAGUUCGACUGGGGACAAAAUUUUCAACAUUUGUUGCAUUUUCAGCUGUUGCGGUUUGCUUUCUACGGAAUCCAAGAGCGGAUGUUUUCCGCAUAUACCUUUUCCCAAUGGUUUUCUCAAGAUAACUACAGUAUUUAUUGAACCAUAAGCCGCUACUUUUCUCUCUCGCUUUGAACCAUGUGGUUUACAGCCCGGUGAGGCUUUUCUGUGGAUUUUUCU